AGGAUGGAGACCGAGGAGGACCCUUUAUUCCAAGGCAGCUGGCUGAACGAAGAUGAGGAGGGGGCCUUCGGCCCCUGCAAGAGGGUGGAAGGGCCCCGUCUCUGCGGGACAUGCCGGUGGAAUCCCAAGCCCCGGGUCACGCCGGGCCCUGCAGUGUUGACCUCAAGUUUUUGGAACGUGGUAGGUUUGGUCUUCACCAACCCCUACUCCGCCGGGCUCGUCCUCUUCUUGGGCUGCGCCAUUCCAGCCGCCUUGACCCUGGCGAUGUUCCUGCACUACCCCGCCCUGGACAUCGACAUCUCAUACAAUGCCUUUGAGAUCCGGAACCACGAGUCCUCCCAGCGCUUUGAUGCCCUCGCCUCGGCCCUCAAGUCGCAGUUCGGCUCCUGGGGACGCAGCCGCCGGGACGUGGCGGACUUCAACUCCGAGACCCUGCAGAAGCUGAUCUUCGAACAGCUCCAGAACCUCCGCCGCAACGCCUCGCGGCUGGCGGGCGUCAGGCGGGGCCGCCGGAGCGCGACCCUGGGGAGAGUUCAUCCCCCUCUUCCUCCUCCUCCAACCCCACCGAAUCUGGCCAACCGGACCACCCGUCGGCCACGGAACCUCCCGCCCCACUGGGAGUACCCCAACGCCGUUGCGAGUGCCAACACGCAAAGCCACGCGCACUGGCGGAUCGAGCUCAUUUUCCUCGCCCGGGGUGACGCCGAGAACAACAUCUUCACCUCUGAGCGCCUGCUCACCAUCCAUGAGAUUGAGCGCAGGAUGAUGGACCACCCUCGUUUCCAGCAGUUCUGCUGGAAGCCCCACGAGGUUCUGAAGGACCUCCCGUUGGGAUCUUAUUCGUACUGCUCUCCUCCAAGCUCUCUCAUGACCUAUUUCUUCCCCACGGAGAGAGGCGGGAAGAUCUACUAUGACGGCCUUGGUCAAGAUCUGGCUGACAUACGAGGUUCCCUAGAGUUAGCCAUGACCCACCCGGAGUUCUACUGGUACGUGGACGAGGGCCUCUCGGCAGAAAACAUGAAAAGCUCCCUCUUACGCAGCGAGAUCCUCUUCGGCGCCCCCCUGCCCAGCUACUCUUCGGUGGAGGAUCGGUGGGAGGAGCAGCGCAGGAAAUUCCAGAGUUUCGUGGUCACCUACGUGGCCUUAUUAGCCAAACAGUCCACCAGCAAAGUUCAAGUGCUUUACGGCGGGACGGAUCUGUUCGACUACGAAGUCCGGAAGACUUUCAACAAUGACAUGCUGCUGGCGUUCAUCAGCAGCAGCUGCAUCGCCGUCCUGGUCUACAUCCUGGCUUCUUGUUCAGUGUUCCUGUCUUUCUUUGGGAUUGCUAGCAUCGGCCUUAGCUGCCUCGUGGCCCUCUUCCUAUACCACGUGGUGUUCGGGAUCCAGUAUCUAGGUAUUUUAAAUGGAGUGGCAGCGUUUGUCAUUGUAGGAAUUGGGGUGGACGAUGUCUUCGUUUUCAUCAACACCUACCGGCAGGCCACCCACCUGAAAGACCCGAACCUUCGGAUGAUCCACACCAUCCAGACGGCUGGCAAAGCCACCUUCUUCACGUCCUUGACCACCGCCGCUGCGUACGCCGCCAACAUUUUCUCCCAGAUCCCAGCCGUGCACGACUUCGGCCUCUUCAUGUCGCUGAUCGUUUCCUGCUGUUGGGUGGCCGUCCUGUUCACCAUGCCGGCCGCGCUGGGCAUUUGGUCUCUCUAUUUGUCCCCUUUAGAGGACGCCUGCCAGACCAGCUGCAGCCAGAAAUGCGUCAAAGAGAGCACCUUGCACGUCUCUGAUGGCCUGUUCGUCUCCUCGGAGUCUGCCAGUGGACCGGGACCGGAAUCGUUGCCUUAUCUGGACGAUGACAUUCCUUUGCUUAACGUGGAAGAGGAACCAGUUGCUCUGGAAAUGGGGGACGUCCCCUUGGUGUCGGUGCUUCCGGACAACCUCUCCCUCCAGGCCAAGGACAGCAGCCAUGGACAACUGAUUGCUCAUCUCCAGGAGAUCCUCCACCACUGGGCCCUGUGGUCAGCCGUGAAAAGCAAAUGGGUGAUCGUUGGGCUGUUCCUGUCCGUCCUCAUCCUGUCCAUCAUCUUUGCUGGCCGCCUUCGCCCGGCUAGCCGCGCCCCUCUCCUCUUCCGGCCCGACACCAACAUCCAGGUGCUGCUGGACCUCAAGUACAACCUGAGCGCCGAGGGGAUCUCGUGCGUCACCUGCUCAGGCUUGUUUCAGGAGAAACCCCAUAAUCUCCAGAGCAACAUCCGCACCUCCUUGGAGAAGAAAAAAAGGGGAUCGGGCCCGGCAUGGGGCGGCCGAAGGAUCGUGACGGGCGAUGCAGGAUCUGGGCAAGAUCUCCAGGGAACCGUCUACAUCUUCAAAUCCAAAAGCCGUGGCAAGCCAGCGGUGUAUCGGUUCUCCCUCAACGCCACGGCCCCGGCCCCGUGGCAGGCGGUGUCUGCCGGAGACGGGGAGGUCCCUUCCUUCCAGGUGUAUAGAGUUCCAUACGGUAACUUCACCAAGAGGCUGACCGCUUGUGUGUCUACAGGAGCGCACGCCCAGCAGACGGGGCUCAAGAAAUGGAUGGUGACCUCCGGGUCGUGUGACACCAGGAGGGGGUGGAAAUUUGACUUCAGCUUUUACGUGGCUGCGAAGGAGCAGCAGCGGACACGGAAGCUGUAUUUCGCCCAGUCUCACCGACCUCCAUACCACGGCAGGGUGUGCGUGGCCCCCCCGGGUUGUCUCCUCAGCUCCAGUCCAGACGGCCCCAACAAAGGCUCUUUGUAUGUGCCGAGUGAGAAAGCUGCUCCCAAAGCCAAACUUUCUGUCACAUCCGGAUUCAACCCUUGCGGGAAUGCCAGCUGUGGGAAGCCGGCGGUGCGGCCUCUGGUGGACACAGGAGCCAUGGUCUUUGUGGUCUUUGGCAUUCUUGGGGUGAACCGCACUCGGCGCACGGACAACCACGUCAUAGGAGACAUGGGCAGCGUUGUUUACGAUGAGGGCUUUGACCUCUUCAAAGAGAUUGGCAACUUGUGCCGCAUCUGCAAAACCAUCGCCAAGAACGCGGAGCUGGUGAAGCCGGGAGGGGCCCAGUGCUUACCUUCAGACGACGUACAAGGGGAAGUCGUCCUUCCAGACCUAUUCCGACUAUCUCAAGUGGGAGACUUUCCUUCAAGAUCAGCUCCGUCAGUUUCCGGAAGGCUCCGCCUUGCGCAGAGGCUUCCAGACCUGCGAGCACUGGAAGCAGAUCUUCAUGGAGAUCAUCGGUGUUCAGAGCGCUCUGUAUGGCCUCAUCCUGUCUCUUGUGAUUUGCGUGGCCGCGGUCGCCCUCUUCACCACCCACGUCCUCCUCCUGCUCCCGGUCUUGCUCACCAUUUUAGGCGUCGUCUGCUUGGUGGUCACCAUCAUGUACUGGUCCGGCUGGGAGAUGGGAGCGGUCGAGGCCAUCUCGCUCUCCAUCCUCGUCGGCUCCUCGGUGGACUACUGCGUGCAUCUGGUGGAAGGGUUCCUCCUCGCCGGCGAGAAUUUGCCCCUUCACCUGGCGGAGGACCCCGGCUCCAGCCGGCAGUGGAGGGCGAUCGAGGCGGUCCGCCACGUGGGCGUGGCCAUCGUGUCCAGCGCCGUCACCACCGUCAUCGCCACCGUCCCGCUCUUCUUCUGCAUCAUCGCCCCCUUCGCCAAAUUCGGCAAGAUCGUGGCCCUCAACACGGGGGUCUCCAUCCUGUACACGCUGACGGUCAGCACCGCCCUCUUGAGCAUCGCGGGUCCCCCUUUCUUCACCCGGAGCCGGACUUCCUUCCUCAAGGCCCUGGCCGGGGUGCUGACCGCCCUGGCCGCCGGCCUCUGCGUCGGCUUGUUGUUGCUGAGGAGCGGGUUCGAGAUCCCGCUGCCCAGUGGGGCGGUCCUAUAGUUGCGUACAACCCUAACUCUCUCCCUUCCCCUGAAAAAGUCCCUCUUUCUUCCUCUCUCUCCCCCUCCCCACCCCACCUCUGGAGUCUUUCGGGAAUCCCUGGGAGCAUGGGAGUUACGCAGGAUGUGUUGAGUUACUUUAUCACAACUGGAGCUUGGAAAUCACGGGUCAGAAGCCAUCCAUUACUUGGAAUCUGAGUCAGGGAAUCCUUCUGGACUACAACUCCCAAGUGGGGCCAAGAAAGAAACAUUUCCCGCCCCUACGUGUGUCAUUAAUUCCUUUUCCUAACAGAAAAGGUGUAACUGCGCUCUGUUACAACACAGGGAGGGGUGACUGUAACUGCUUUUAGUUCCAUGGAAAGUGGUGGGGGUCGUGGCCUCACCCGGACGGCAGGGGGAGGAGGUCAUGUGACCCGUGCAUGGCCCCCCUCCCUGUGGCUGUACAGGCUGUGGAUUUUGGGUGUGAUAGUCCAAUAAGAACCGUUUCCAUGCUCAGGGUGGAGUCGGUUUCUCCUUUCUGGCUCGUUAGCCGGCUCCCUAAAUUUCUCCAGCUAAUUUUGUAAAAAAGAAAAAAAAUCUUUUUUGAAUCUUCAGAAGUAAACCCACUCCUGUUAUCCUAGGCUCAGCUCCACUUUCCUCUCUCUCUCUCUCUCUCUCAAUUCACAUGCACUUUACUUCCUACCUCCCUCUUUUCUGCUCUUCAAAUGUAUGUUAAUUUCCCCCCACCCCACCCCGGAUCGACAGAAAGAAUUAAUUGUCCGUCAUGGCUAGCUAAGAGAGCUGAUCUUUUGGGGGUGCGAAGACAAGAGGAGCAGGAAAACAGACAGGAGCGCCUUUCUCGUUCUACUCUCAUUGCUGUGGGGUUGGUUCGGUUUUUCUAUCUUGUGGGACGUCAGCAUUUAGAAACCACCACGUCUUUCCUGAAAGGACUGCAGGCAGGACCUGGCCAGUGCCAGUGACGUGGUUGAAAGAAGGCCAGUUUGCUUUGGCUUCCACCGUCAUCCAAGCUUUGUGGCCGGGUCCUUUUGCCCACUGCAAGGAUUGGGGCCCAGCAUUAAGCGAUUGCCUUGAAGCUAACGGUGUAUGUGAAGUUCCCGAUGACACCACUGAAAAAAACCAAGGUUGUUUGAUUCUUUGGGGGUGCCCCGAUCGUCUUAAUGUGGAAAUCACGAAGUGUCCCCUUUGGUGUGCUGAGGGGCUGUUCCCACGGAGGAGAGAGAAGUGAGAGGCGCCAAUCAGGGGUCCAGAUCUCAAACAGUAUUUACAGAACUGCAAAACCCGAGAGGCAGGGCUUUUAAGAGCAAGGCCAGGCUAAUUCUCCAACCAAGCUGCAGUUGAUCGGGCCAAGGAGAAGCCCAAAAUGCACCACCACAGGGUUUGCAGUGGACCCCAUUUGCAGCUGGAUCUGACCCUUGGCACCACUCCGAAGUGGCCCAAAAACCCAGCAUAGCCGCUAGCGUCGUGAAGGACUGGAAAACCUCCAUCGGACGGAUCUGUUUCCUCCUCCUCCUGUGUAAGGCGGUGGAAAGGAUCUUGGGCUUAGUCAAUGGAAAAGGCACUAAUGGAGAACCGGAUGAAACGCUCCCUGUUGGAUCUCUGGUCUUGCUUUUUGGGCUGCUGCCCCGCUGUGUUGUUUUCUCGGUUCAAAACCGCCCCUCGCUCCUCUCUUUCGGGCAAAAUUCAUGGGCUCCUGGGUUGUCCAAAACAGAGCAGCUGCUUCUCCUGGGAAGAUAAUAAACGGUGUGUUAUUUACCGCAGUGCUUCGGCAUUAAAUCCUCCUGCGCUCUUCUGCAGGCCAAGCUUUCCGGGGGUUGAUUUACGGGUCAACCCGACAAACCCGAAGGAGGGGUGUUUAAAAGCGAGGUCUCCUGCUGGCUGCGUUUGUAAAUCAGCGUCGCCGCAGAGAAGGUCUGGAAAGCGAGGCCGUAAACAGAUGGAGGCCACCUUCGCGACGUUCCACUGGAACAGAAGGUGGCUUUUCCGAACGUACAGAUGAGGUGGACUACAGCUCCCAUCAUCCUGGGCCAGGCUGGUUGGGAAUGAUGGGAACUGGAGUUCCACCCACUGUGGGGUGGGGGGAAACUACCCCUUUCUGGUCAGGAAUGCUGUCCCUGUAUUUCUAAAUCCAGGGCCAAGAAAGGUUACAUGGAUUGAGGUCACCAAGGGAAUCUGUGGUGGAACCUAAAUUCGAACGCAGGACUUGAAGAUUUGAAGAUUUCCCUCUUCAGCGUCAUAUUGGUGGCCCUUGAACCCCGCAGUGUUUCUUGGCCUGGAUUUGGGAAGCAGAUGAUCUUUUCAGAAGGGGUUGGAUGUCUUUUGCUUUUAAACGAAAUCAAAGAACAUCCAUAACAUUUCCCCUGGAAAACAUAUGUUUUUUUCUUCAAAAAAAGCACCUUGUACUGUACAGGUAUUUUCAUUUUAAGCUCUGCUUUCUAUGGUGUCGGCAACCAGCUAGUCUCCAGGGACUUUGGACUACGAGCCCCAUCAGCCCCAGCCCAUGGUCAAGGACGAUGGGAGAUGGACUCCAAUCCUUUGAAUGGCUUCAAACCCCUUGACUCUGCUGUGUUGGAGCGUAUCUGCACGCAGGCAUCUCCAAAACGAAAAUUUAGAUUUCAAGCAUCUGUUCCUAAUUUAACUUAAUGUUUAAAAAAAGAAUCACAAGCCAAUCUUGUUUUUCUUUUUCCUGAGACAAGAAUAGGCAGUAAUUAGUUUUCAGCACCGGUCCAAUUUUUACGGUUUUAAUCCAAAGCAGGAAGCCUGUAGGGGAGAUCCCAGAUGAUCAAUUAGGAAACGGACAUUUCAGUUUUUAACAGAUCCCCUUUUUUCACGCGCGCAGCCACGCGAGCCUCAGUUUUGAGCUCUAUAGAUAUACAGCUAUGCAAAAUAAAAAUAAAAUGCGUAAAUAAAAUUUAAGUUUUCUGUGGGUGGGUGGAGGGGGAAGCAUGACGGCAGCAAAAGGGGCGGAUGAUCGUCGGCUAUGCUGAAGGUUAUUAUGGGAUGGAGCAGACUGCAAUGGGGUUGCUGCUCCAGUAGAUUUAAAAUGUUGAGUGUGGUUUAUUUUGUUUUAUUGGAUGAUUUUUCCUCCCUCCGGGGGGUUACAUAGCACAAAUUUUCCCACGUCCUGUAUCUCCCUUCUGAAUUUCCGUUGGCUGUUUCUAUCGAGAUACUUGUUUUGCUUUUUUUUCCCCUCCCGCGUUCCUGAGUUUAUCAAGCUAUUUGUGAUUCCCUUUUUCUCUCUCUUUUUCUUUUUUUUUGAGAUGGCUGUAAAUAAGGACAAUUAAAAAGAAACGAGAUUUUAACAUUCCGCGGUG